AUGGAGAUCAAUGAUUCAAAGGAGCUGAAGUGGCCUCCUAGGUUACGAUCUCGAUCCGAUACUCGUGACAACAGUAAGUACUGUGAUUUCCAUAGAGAUCAUAGACGUACAACGGAAGAUUGUUUCGCCUUGAAGCGGGAGAUUGAAACUCUUAUAAAAAGGGGAUUUUUGGGCUCUUACAUUACCUCGGGUGGAGAUUCUAGUAGCGGGUUUAAACAAUAUGCCAGGCAGCCUCCAGCCAUCUCAAAAUCAGACCUCGAUUAUAUAGACGACAUCACUUUUGGAACAGGGGACUUGGAUGGCAUAGCAUUCCUUCAUGAUGAUGCUCUGGUCAUAUCGACCAUCAUCGCCAACUUUGAAGUUAAGAAAAUUCUGAUAGACAAUGGAAGUAUAGCUAAUGUACUGUCUCAUGAAGCCUUUGUUCAAAUGGGGAUCUCAUUGGAACAGCUCAGGCCAAUCACCACUUUCGAAGUUAUCCGAACUCCAGUGGCCUACGACGCCAUAUUGGGAAGAUCACUGCUCAACGAAAUUCAAGCUAUUGUCUCAACUUUCCACCUGGCUAUGAAGUUUCCUACGAGCACUAGAAUCGAGGUAGUUCGAGGCAGCCAAAUAGUAGCAUGA